CGGCGACAGAAGAGUUAUUUUUGCUGACUUCCCAUGCGCGAAGAUCUUCCGUAAACGCUUAAGUCUAUCAUUGGAGUUGAAGACUUGCGAGAAAGGUUGCUGUGUUGAAUCUAAGCAGACUUUCUAGGCAGAUCGCGCUGCUGAAUCUUCAGUCUAUCAGUAUGGCAUCAGAAUCCCAUCAUAUGGAGAAUCUGCAUAACCUUCAACCGGAGGUUGAAGGACAGCAUCGCAACCCUUCAGAGGUAAAGAUGAGCCAGAUAGUGCUGCCCUGCCAUGCCAACCACUGCGGAGAGCUGAGCAUCGGACAGCUGCUUAAAUGGAUGGACUGCACAGCAUGCCUGUCUGCUGAGAGACACGCUGGAUGUCCCUGUGUGACAGCUUCUGUUGAUGACAUCUACUUUGAGCACACCAUUGGUGUUGGACAAGUAGUCAACAUUAAGGCCAAAGUCAACAGAGCCUUCAACUCGAGCAUGGAGGUGGGAAUAGAGGUGAGCUGUGAAGACCUGUACAGCGGCCGUCAUUGGAGAGUGUGUCAGGCUUUUGCCACAUUUGUUGCCAAAAGCGCAGAUGCAAACAAGGUGCAGCUGAAACAGGUUGUGCCCUGCACACAUCAAGAACAGGUGGAGCACAGUUUAGCAGCUGAGAGGAGGAGGAUGAGACUCAUUCACCAUGACACCAUGCAGGACUUGCUCAGCAACAAGACUGUCCAGAGAAGUAUCAGUGAGGAGAACCAUGAUGAAGAUGAGGCUUUGCCGACAGAAAGAACAAGAGUGGAAAGUGUCGAGCUGGUGCUUCCUCCUCAUGCCAAUCACCAGGUCAAUACAUUCGGAGGCCAGAUUAUGGCCUGGAUGGAAAAUGUUGCUACCAUUGCAGCCAGUCGUUUAUGCAAUGCUCAUCCAACUCUACGGGCUAUAGACAUGUUUCACUUUAGAGGCCCUUCCCAGGUUGGAGAUCGUUUGGUUCUAAAGGCCAUUGUCAAUAACACAUUCAAGAACAGCAUGGAGGUAGGUGUCUGUGCAGAAGCCUAUCAUGGAGAUGAACCUCUGAGGCAUAUUAACAGUGCCUUCAUGACAUUUGAGGUGCUGGAUGAGAAAGGAAGGCCACGUCCACUGCCCCCCAUAAAACCUGAACCUCAGGAGGGACAGAGGCGAUAUCAGGAGGCCCUUGCCAGGAAGAAGAUUCGUCUUGAUAGGAGGUACAUUAUCUCAUGCAAUCAGACCGAGGUGCCACUGUCUGUUCCAUGGGACACCAGUAACCAGGUGUAUCUAAGCUACAAUAAUGUGUCUGCUUUGAAGAUGCUUGCAGCCAAAAACAACUGGGACCUCAGUUCAAAGAAGAACAAUGUGAGCCUGUAUACAGUGGAGGAAAGUCAGAGUCUGUGUUUCAGGGUGGAGUUUGAGAUGGAAAUCCCAGCACAAAGAGCCUUCAUCCUCCUCUCAGAUCUCUGUCGCAGACAUGAGUGGGACCAACACUAUACUUUGUGUAAGCUGCUUCUUAGGGUUGAUGAGGAUGAUUUCAUCUAUCAAGUUGUUACUCCUUCAGUCAGUAAAGGAGGAAAAUAUCAGGACUUCAUUUUACUGGCCUCUAGAAGACCACCCUGUGAUAGCGGGGAUCCAUAUGUAAUUGCCCUAAGAUCAGUUGCUCUGCCCUCUCACCCACCCACAGAGGAAUUCCACAGGGGUGAGGUGGUCUGUGCUGGGUUUAGUAUUUAUGAGGUUUCAAAAAGUGUCUCAAAGAUUUCCUACUAUAAUCAGGCCAGUCCAGAAGUCCUGCCAUACAUUUCCACAGACAUUGCAGGCCUCUCGUCCAGUUUCUACUCAAUAUUCUGUGCUUGCAGGCAGUACCUACUGGACAACAUAAGCACAUCUGCAUUCACCCCUUCUGCAUUAUAACUGGCCUGCAACUGAAUUUUUAGUUUAUGCUUUUACAGGGGCCAAAUCUAAUAUUUUUGCAGUAUUUAAAAUUUUCCCACUCUAUAGGUUUGUGCCAGGAAUACACUGUUUUGAGUUUUGAAAUUCAAGAGGUUGCGAGACUUUGCACAUGUUAUCAGUUAACCUAUCAAAGCAGUUAAAGAACACUGUUUGACAAUCUGUAUGACUGUAUGACAAAAAGAGGUUGAAUUUUCAAAGGUGCUGCUAUUGCUAUUGCUAUUGCUAUAGUUUGUUCAAGUAAAUGGGAGAACAGCAAAGUCAUUUGGUUAAAAAAGUGGAGUCUACACUCUUUAGAUGUGUGCCUGUGAUAUGGGAAUGGGGAUUCAGACCAACCCUCUGAAUUUUUGUCAACGUUUAAAAAUUAGUACUUGGCUCAAUUUAUAAGACUGGAUGGUGCAAAAUAAUAUAUUAUAAAAAAAUCUUUCUCUGUCAUUUUCCUCACUGUUGCUCAGAACAAAUAUAUUCACUCACUGAAUCUGUCUCAAGGAUUAUUGAAACUUUGAAUUACAUGACUAUUUUCCAUCUCAGGUCUUUGUAAGUAAACUGGUUGUAUUGUUCUACAUGUGAAUGACUUCUUUUUAAGCAUGGCAAAUUUAUUUAUGGAGUACAUUUCAUACACAAUGGUAAUUCAAACCAUUUUAAAAUAAUUUCCACAAUUUUAAAAUAAAAUGUGCAGUGCAGAAACACUGUAAGAGAAAGCUUUGUUGAC